AUGGCAGCCCCUAAAGGCGUGGCCCACAGCCCUGCUAUCCGUACAACAUGGCCGCCUACAGAGCGCGAACCGCUCCCCCUCCCGUCCAAUCACCGGAAGUUUCCAUUUGAAAGCCGGGCGGCAUACCCGGUCGCUGGUGCGGCAGUUGCCGAGGAGCCUCCUUUGAACCAGGGCAACGAGGGCUGCGGGCAGGAGCUGCAGGAACCUGGGGCCCAGCCGUGCCGCCUCGUUACGAUGACCAGCGUGGUUAAGACAGUAUACACUCUGCAACCCCCCGCUGUGCAGAGCGGCGGCCUGCCGGCAGACACACAAACUCGAGCCACUUCUAAGAGCCUAUUACCCGUUAAGUCCAAAGAAGUGGAUGUUUCCAGACUUCAUUCAGGAGGUUCAGAGAAUGAUGUUACAAAAAUCACCAAACCGAGACGAGAGAAUAGGCAGGUAAAAGCUGCAGAUACUGGCAUGAGGAAGAACAUCAGAAAGAGUUACAAACCGCUGAGUAAGCAGAAAUCAGAGGAAGAGCUCAAGGAUAAGAACCAGCUCUUAGAGGCCAUCAACAAGCAGCUGCACCAGAAGUUGACUGAAACUCAGGGAGAACUGAAGGACCUGACCCAAAAGGUGGAGCUGCUGGAGAAGUUCCAAGACAACUGCUUGGCAGUUUUGGAGAGCAAGGGCCUCAACCCAGUUUUAGGCAGUGAGACCCUGGCAUCACAGCGGGAAUCCGCCGCAGAUCACACGGACUCUAUGUUGCUGUUAGAAACUUUGCAAGAUGAGCUGAAGUUCUUUAACGAAACGGCCAAAAAGCAGAUGGAGGAAUUACAGGCCUUAAAAGUCAAGUUGAAGAUGAAAGAAGAAGAGAGGGCCCGGUUCCUAGAACAGCAGACUUUAUGUAACAGUCAAGUAAAUGAUUUUACAGCAGCCCUGGAGGAAAUGGAGCAGCUAUUAGAAAUGUGAUAAAAAGCAAGUGACCAGAUGGCUCCCACAGGGGAAGCCACUCAGGACAUCUGCUUCUUGGCCAUGACCUUCUAGGACUCACCAUCCCCAGAAUGGAGACAUUUGCUGCAGUAGGAUUAAGGACAGUCUAUGCUAGAAUGGCGCUUCCUCCUUCAGGCAAGCGAACGCCACCCUCAGACUGGUGGGUUCCCCCGAACCUCACACACACAUAAUCGAGGCCGACAAGGGGGGGAGGUGCGAAAGCUUGGAUCGACCUGCUAGGCAACAAAGCAGCAGGCCAUUAGAAUCAGGAGACCAAACCAGCCACAGCCAGAGGAUCCCAAAGGUCACAUUCAGAUGUGUAGGAAGAAAACCUUAAUUGUGCAGUUGGAGUGCAGAGGUUCCAUGGGAGACAUCAGUGGGAAGUGAUCCUAUCCCCUUCUAACUUGGAACACAUUCUGUCUCAUCCUGGUUGGGCUCUAGACCUCAUUGUAAGUUAAUGAACGUGAAGUUAUUGAAAUGGCUUAAUAAAUGGGGUGAGGGUAUAGAUAGCAAUAACACCUACCUGAAAUAAUACACCUUGGAGCUUUUAGUCUAAAUCACUUCUUUUAUUUUUUACUAAGUGCUACUUUUAAAAUAAAUAUUUCUGUGACUAUCCAGGCUAUAACACUGAGAAAUGAAAAGAAACCUUUUAACUGAAGUAUGUCCACCGAAUACUCUUGACCUAAUCCAGUGAACAAGUUCAAGACUCCAAUGUAACCCAGAAUAUUUGUCUUCCACGUCAGUGCUCUGUGACCAGCCCUGCUGUGUUCCAGGAGCGGUAGCUGGUCUUCUGAGGGUGUCCCCUGUUUGUGGCGGUGGGUGCCUGACUCCAUCCCCCAGCUGUGUGUCACUAGCUGCCUGUGCCCUGCCUAUAUUCCUGAGCCUGCUUAUCUACUGCUCUUUGCACAGCCAAUCCUAGGCCUGGCCCCGUGGCUCCCUAGGUAGCCGAGGUCCGUGGUAGGCUUCCCCCCGGGUUUACCAAAGGCACAGCUCUAUUUCAUUUCUUAGUUGAUCUAGGCAGGCUUUGGCUCUGGCUCUCUUCCAUGUUUUUCUGCAUCUCCCAAUUUCUUCACCAACCUCCCCCCUCCCCUCUUGAUACCACCCAGUCAGGCCAAGGAACACCCCCACCCUAACUUUCAGGGCUGUUUCUUUGCCUUCCACACAGAUAUUCACACAGUUGGUUAUGUCCCAAAAAUUAGGAGGGGGUAAACCCAGUUACAUAACUCUCACCCGUGAGAAGAGCUGAAUAUUUUCUUCUACCCAUUUUCAGCAUGUUUAUACUUUAAAAGAUUAUUUACCCAAAUGAAUUUGUAAUUGGCAUUUCUGCCCCCCCCCCAAAAAAAAGUUCUCCUUCCUUCUUGGCAGGAGAGGGGGAGAACUCAGCUGUGGGAUCCUCACCUCCUAGUCAGGCCUCCCUAGUUAACACCUGGGAAUGUAACUCUCAAUGCCUGUGACUCCUCUCGCCCAGUGCCGAAACCCUGGUGGCUGGUGGCCUGGGCUCCCGAGGGGCCUUCCCCUCACGGUUCUCUGUAGCACCAGCCGGCACUGGUGCCCCUCUGCCUUUUCUCUUGAUUCCUCCGACCUCUGUUGCUCCAUCUGCCUUUUGUACGUGUGGAGGUGUUGUGGGCGCUUCAUCUGUUCUGGAGGCUGGACGAACCCAUGUUAGAGAAACUCAGCAAAUAGUGACCUGUGCCCUCCACUUCGCCAGAUGCUCUAGGAAACUUUAAUGUAGCAUGGCAUUCUUAACCUCAAAGAUGCUUGCAAUCUCUUCAGUAAAACUUACACGUGCAGGUGACAUAUAAGUGAAAUCGCCAACAGCAACACCUUACUAACUGUGAGCUGUGCGGCAUAGCUGUGUGCUCUAGUAGUUCACUAUGGGCUACUUUGGUUGCGGAGGGCUUGAUGAAGGACGUAGACUGGAGACUGAAGGAAGAGUAACAGUUGGAGAGGCUAGCUGGAAAGUGGAGGACCUUGCAGGUCGGUGAGCAUGUGGAGGUUUGGGGAGAGGAGCAAGCUCAGGUCACGGUAGCCCCACUUCCUUUCCCCACACCUUGCCCUCUGCAUCUCUUCCGCCGGGCUCUUCCCGAGUUACAGCCUGUGCGGUAAACUGAUCACCUAAUAAAUAAAAGGUUUCUCUGA